AUGAACAGUCAGAUGAGAGAAGUUCUGGAGUCCUGUAACUCCUACUCGAGGAUUUACGAAGAAAGGCUUCACUACUUUAACCACUGCAAGAAGGAUUCAAGGAGAUCCAAAAACAGACGAUCCAAUUUCCUGAAGAAUUUUCGAACUCAUAAGCGGAGUUGAAAGAGGAAGAAGCAGGCUAAGAAGAAACAUCUAUCGAUAGAUGCAACUAGUGGAGGAUCUAAAAGUCGGAGACAAAGAACAAAUUCGAAAAGAUCAAAACCUAAGGUCUACCAGUUUUAACUUGCCAGCAAACUUGAAGAAGAUAAAAGCUUUAAAUAAGAAAAAUCAAAAAAUCCAAACUUCUCCCAAGCAGAACAAGUCCUACGAUUUCAGAAGACAAUGAUAUUUGAAGGCGGAUAGGAAGCUCGGCAACAAUAAAUAAUAUUGUUUUUUCUAUGAAUAAAUGAAUGAAUGAAAAGAAAAUUAGAAAAUUUUCAAUAAUUCUUCCUCAAAAGGACACAAAAUCAAGUUCCAGUACUUAUAACGACCUCUAAACACGUCUAAACCAACUGCAAAACCGAAUUCAUUCAAUUUUAUUAAACCAACUAAUUCACAACUGACCAUCUACCAUGACCAAGAACCACAAAGCCCGCUCAAAACAAGUAAAACAUUGAAUAACUUGAAAAAGCCUCUUCAAUGAGGGAGGCUAGCUAAAAGAGGCUUAGAAAGCCACAAAAGUCAAGUUCAAAAUCCUUAUUCCUGAAUUCAAAGCAGUCUCCAGCACAAGAUUAUCAACAAGAUUAUUGCUUCAGAGAAGAACCAGAGGUCUCUAUUUGUAAGAAAUAAGGAAAGGAAGAAGUUGAGUUUGGAAGAAAAUACUGAAGAAAAAUUGGAAUAUCAGGAUGAAGAGAUUAAUAAAUUAAUGUCUGUAUGAAGUUCGAAUAGAUUCAGAAUAAUACAUGACCUUGAGGAAGAUAGUUUUGAUCAAGAGAAUAAGAAUCCAGAAUAUAAUUAGCAUAUCCUAAAUUCUUUUAAGCCUCUCUGAAGUGAAGAUUCUUGUUGA